CGUACGCUGUCACUAUCUGUAGUAAUAUUUUGUCUAUCCAUCAUCUAUCUAUAUAAAAUCCACCGAAGAGACAUCCCUUUCGCUCACUGGCCCUUCGGCACUCUCUCUCAGAUCUGAUCCAAUCAGCCAGGUUUGCAAGUUCAUUGCCUUAGAAUUAGAGAGCAUGGGUCGUGGAGUUAGUGCUGGUGGGGGGCAGAGUUCAUUGGGAUAUCUGUUUGGUAACGGAGAGGCUCCAAAACCUGCUGCAAAUGAAGGGCAGUCUGUAAAUAAUGUGCCUUCCAAGCCUGCUGCUGCUCCUCAACCAGUAGACGUUACCAAACAGGUGCCGGCUGGUAUCAAUAGUUACUCAACAAACAACUAUAUGCGUGCUGAUGGUCAGAACACUGGCAACUUCAUCACGGACCGUCCAUCAACCAAGGUCCAUGCUGCCCCUGGUGGUGGAUCUUCUCUGGGUUACCUCUUCGGCGGUGGGCCUGCAGGUGAAAGUAAAUGAUAUAGGCCUUUGACAUCUCUAUAAGAAGUAUUGUUUGUUGGUUCUUGUUGAACUUAGUUUGGAUGAGGCUAUGCACUCAUAUUUACAUAAAAUAGUUUGAAGUCGUUGGAUUUGUGAUGUAAUAUAUAGGUGUCGUGGUUGUUUGCAUAUUCAAUCAAGUGUUCUCUCAAUUUUUGAUGCAUAAACAUCGGUAUCACUAUCAGGACUCUACUGUUAAGAAUGAAGUUAUAUUUUCUAA